UCUAUGCAGAGCGAUAAAGAUGGCGGCAGUGUACAUUAUUGGAUUUUUGUGCGCCCUGGGUUUAGUCCAGGGGAGCAUCGUGAACUACGCACAACCUGUCUACGUUGAACAACUUCGAAGUGGAUCAGUUUCGAGGGUAGUGGGCGGCUGGGAGGCGAAACCCGGUCAGAUACCGCACCAGGUGAGCGUGCGCAUGAACACGGACUUUGCAGCCCUGGUGCAACCCUGCCGCCUGCAGCAGUCAGCUUCUCGUGUGGAGGAGUACGUCGGCACUAGACUCACCGUCAGCGGUUACGGUCUUACCGAUGAUGCCGUCAACGGUGGUACGUCAGUAGAACACUUGCGGUGGGUGUUCCUGCGUGGUAUCUCGCUAGCAGAAUGCCGCACGUGGUACCCAACUAGCCAGGCGAUCGUCGAGUCCACCGUUUGCGCCGAGUAUUACAAUCAUACCUCGCAGUCUGCUUGCCAGGGUGACAGUGGUGGGCCACUAUCUCUGGUAGACCUGGACGGGAAACCUACUAUGGUCGGUGUCGUCAGCUUCGGGUCUUCAGCUGGUUGCAACAGUCCCUGGCCCUCAGCAUACGUUCGACCAGAGUUCUACCACGAUUGGUUUACUGAGAUAACUGGCAUCAACUUCGACUGGAGACGUGAAGACUUCACGACCAGUGAACCAACACCUGUAACCAUCAGGAGCGAAGACACAAUGGGCAUAUAAGCCUAUUGUUGUUUAUGUAAAAUUUACUGAAGAAUAGUUGAAAAGACGCCAAAUAAGAUUUCAGAUUCUACACAACGUAGAAUCAACGUUAAUAAAUAUAGUUGUC